AUGUCGCGCCCUCUGUCUCUCUUCAGCGUCCAGGCGAUCCUGGUCCUCGCCAUCGACGACGGCUCCCGUAUCCUCACCAAGUACUACUCGAACCCGCACCCGCCAGCCGGCCACCAGAAUGACUACCCCGGCCAGAUCGCAUACAAGACGGUCAAGGACCAGAAGGCUUUUGAGAAGGGACUGUUGGAGAAGACGGCCAAACAGACCACGGACAUUAUAUUAUAUGACGGAAAGGUCAUUGUCUUCAAGAUGGAGUCGGACGUCAUGCUCUACGUGGUUGGGAGCGCCGAGGAGAAUGAAGUCCUGUUGUACAGUGUCGUCCUGGCCUUGAGGGACUCGCUCAACAUUCUCCUGAAGAACUCGGUCGACAAGCGCACCGUUAUCGAGAACUACGACCUCGUGUCCCUCGCCGUCGAUGAGCUCGUAGAUGAUGGUAUUAUCCUCGAAACCGACCCCGUCAUUGUCGCCUCGCGUGUCAGCAAGCCUCCAGCGCAAGACAUGACGUCGAUGAAGAACAUCGAUCUCUCGGAACAAGGAUUCUUGAACGCAUGGGAAUUCGGUAAAAGACAGCUUGCGGAGAGGAUACGGCAAGGUCUUUAA